AUGUCACACAACUUUGACGACCUAGAAAUCAUCCCACUGCGAGAGAGCGACCACGCGCUGGCCUCCAUUGCAUACACUGACGAGUACAAGCAGGCCACUGGCUUGCUACGUGCUCUGAUGGAAAAGAACGAGAAGUCUUUACGAGGUCUUCAGGUCGCGUCUAAUGUGAUUGCCCAGAAUCCAGCCCAUUACACCGUAUGGGCAUACCGUAUCGACACGCUGAAAUCAUUUGCUGCUGACGUCAAGGCAGGUGCUGCAGAUAAAGACGAAAAGCUGGCAGCACUGCAACACGAGCUGCGCUGGGUAGAUGACAUCGCCAUGGCAUGCCCCAAGAACUACCAGAUCUGGCCUCACCGUCAACAGCUGCUUGAACUAUUCGAGGUUAACCCUGAUCUGCUGGGAGAGGAGCUGACUCUGGACAGAGAGAUUGAACUCAUUGACUACAUGCUGUCUGACGACUCCAAGAACCACCAUGUGUGGUCGUAUCGACAAUGGCUAGUGACACGGUUCCCCACACUUGUCAACCUCGAUUCAGAACUGGCCACCACAUCCAUCAUGAUCCAGGAGGACUGCAGAAACAACUCCGCUUGGAACCACCGGUUCUUCUUAUUCAAGCUCAAAAACGACAACAAACAGGAGUGGACUACAAAGCCGUCUUUCCAGGAGGAGGUUGAGUUCGUCGCAAAUACCAUCGACAAAGCACCACAAAACCACUCCCCCUGGCUGUACAUUGAGGGUCUCUACUCCCAUUACAAGAAGGACAUCAAGGAUCUGCAGGAGCUGACUUUCAAGUACGCGUGCCUGCCUUCUGAUCUGGGAGAAGAUGAGGAGCCUCUGAUCACCUCGUCGCAUGCUCUGGAUUUACUCGCCAAGAUCUACCUCAAGGAGCAGGAGAAGUCAAAGGCUCUAGAGGCUCUCAAUUUGCUCGAAGAAAAGUACGACCCCAUUCGAAAGGGCUACUGGGCUUACCGGAAGAAACUUGUCGAGGCCUAG